UUCGGUUUUUAUUACGCGGAUAGGAUCCCAACGGAUUUAUAAAAAGACAUUGGAAUGGGAUUUAGAAGCUACUCUUUCCUAUUCACAAUAUUUUCCACGUUUGACUGGGCUUUGUAUUCCCAGUUGUCUUUACAAUUGUGAAAGUUUGAAUUUGAUUUGAUUUGACUUGCAUUCAUUUUAUUUCAUCGGAUUUCGUCUUGUUUUAAAAAUAUCUGUCUGGUUGCAAAUAUGACUCUAGCUGAUCAACAAGAAACACAAGCUUUCAAUCAAAGCAUCUACUCUGCUCUCUUCCGUGGUGGACUCGUUGGAUCUGCGCUUGGUACCCUUGGAUGUAUUGUUGGAAGUAGAUAUUCUCCUGGUUUCCGCCGCCUCUCGUUCCCUCGUAAAGCUUGGCUCGUCAUUGGUGCCGGUUCUGCUGUCAGUGUUAUUUAUGCCGAUAAAGCGACUUUGAGAUUCGAUACGAAUCGUUUCAGCAAAAUCAAGGAAGUCGAUGACUCCGCUAAACAUCUCCCUUGGAAGUAUAGGGCUUUGUACUAUUACAAUGAACACAAGUGGCCCAUCAUUUUGGGUACUUGGGCAAGCACUCUUGGCUUAAGUAUGUAUGCUGCAUCUCGCAAUCGUUACGAUACCCUUCCUCAGAAACUCGUCCAGGCAAGAAUGUAUGCCCAAGGUGUUACUGUGCUUGUUCUUUUGGGAAGCGUUUACCUCACCGCGGUUGCCAAUCGUUUGGAACCUCCCACCCAUGAAAAACUCGUUACCGACCCCACCGACCAUUCCAAGCUGAUCCCUGUCGAGACAAGCUCAAAAGAACACUACCCCGGUGAAUAUCAAUGGCAAGUUUUGGUUGCAAAGGAAGAAGAACGUCUUCGUCAAUUAAACCUUCCUCUUCGUGCUGGCCAGUCAUCGUCAUCGUCUCCUUCUUCUUCAUCAUCCAACGAUUCUGACUCUUCUGAAAAACCUUCACAGUAAAAAAUCUCCUUUCCUCUUUCCCUUUUUUCUCCGAAUGGAUUUCCCCUUUGUUUUAAGAAAGACUCUCCUUUAGAUGGAAAUUCAUUUUUGCCUUGAAAACCUUCUCUUUCCUCUUUGAACGAUUUUUGCCUGUCCUUUUUUCAUCCAUCACCUCUUUCUACGUUAGUUUUUGUUGAUCCUAUCCUUGUUAAGUUUAUGACUUUCUAUGCUUUACCUUGGCAUUACUUGCAGCGAAAAUCACUUAUAAAAUUCACGUUUUGUUUAUCGUUCUUAUAAUUCCUUUGAUUCUAAUUAAAAUAAUAAUAAUUAUUAUUCGUGUUUGCUUUCUUUAUUAUAUGUACCAUUACAAUUGAAACCCCAUUUCGUUUUCAAUCAGGAGAGAAAUAACAUAGCUUACCAUUAACAUUGAACACAUCAUUAAUUUAAUCACUC